AUGUUGGAGCGGGAAAUUCCCACAGUAUACUCCACGAGGAUGUCGGGAUUGAAACAGAAGCUUCAUUGUCCGGCAGGCGCUGGCACCGAGGAAUUUAUGGAGAUGCCGCCAGGUGCGCUUGUUGAAUCUAUCAUCUUCAUCCUCCGUGACGAUCCUGGGAUCGAUGAUGACGAUGCAACUACCCCUCCGUCAAAGGGCAGCCGUGCUCAAGGCAAGGCCCCUCUUUUCGAGAUCGAAGACAUUCCUCUGCCGGAACCGGGCCCGACGGAUCUUCUGGUCAGGCUGUCGGCGACCGGAAUCUGUGGGACGGAUUUGGCGUUGGCUUCUGGAGAGCUUGGGCCGGCAUGCCGGAUCCUCGGACACGAGGGAAUCGGACGGGUCGUCAAACGAGGCUCCUCGCUGACGGAGUCCGAUGUCCCGCUCGGCCAGAGGGUUGGCAUCUCGUGGGUCAGGGACACGUGCAGAAGCUGUGCAAUGUGUCUCCGUGACGGCGGAGAGACGCGCUGCGUGGCACAGAUACACUCCGGACGCAGGGUCGAUGGCACCUUUGCCGAGUUCACGGUCGUCCCGUUCCGGUAUAUGAUUCGACUGCCCGAAGGCCCCUCGGACGAGGAAUUGGCUCCGAUCAUGUGCGGUGGAGUCACAGCAUACAAAGUGCUCAAGAUCUGUGGUGCGCCCCCUGGCCAGUGGAUCGUCAUAUCGGGAGCUGGUGGAGGACUGGGAGCCUUGGGGAUUCAGUAUGGCCGGGCAAUGGGAUACAGAGUCUUGGCUAUUGAUUCGGGGAGCCAGAAGAGGGAGUACUGCUUAGGGCUGCAGGCCGAAGCCUACCUGGAUGUGAGCAAGGAGAAUGACAUCUCGGCGGCUGUGAAGCGAUUGACAGGGGGUCAAGGCGCCAGCGCCGUUCUUGUCACUGCGGGCUCUGCUCAAGCGUACCAGGAUGCCCUGGACAUGCUGGCCCCGUUUGGGACCCUGGUUUGUGUCGGCAUCCCUCCGCCUUCGCAGUCUGUUCACUUUCAUCCGCUGGCGUUGAUUGACCGUGGAUUCCGCAUCGUCGGCUCCAUGGUCGGGAGCAGGGGCGAUAUCCAAGAGGCCGUUGAUUUCGUCCGCAGGAGAGAAGUGAUUCACCGAGUACACCUGACGACGUUGGAUCGCAUCAUGGAAAUCGCGAAUCCACACGCAUCUACCAACCAGGUUCGUCAGAGUCCCUUCCACUCUGCUGCAGUAUAUGUAUUUGUGCGCUGA